CCCGUCUCGGAUCAAGCUGGGUAUAUGUAGAGAACUGUAUGAUCUACUGCUUAUAACCGUGUCCCCUUCCCUGUCCCCCCUUUCACACACACACACCACGCCGAAUCUCCCCACCGAGGGUUUUGCCCCAAACGGACCCGGCGCGACGACCAUGUCAGAAACAGACCCCGGCUUCCUCGCCGCCGUGGAAGAGGCUCGACAGGGCUUUGCGGAAGGGGGCGUCCCGAUAGGGGCCUGCCUCGUCUCCAAGGACGGCAAGAUCCUCGGUCGCGGACACAACAUGCGCGUGCAGAAGGGGAGCGCCACGUUGCAUGGCGAAAUCUCCGCGCUGGAAAACUCUGGCCGUCUUCCGGCUUCCGCCUACGCGGGCGCCACGAUGUACACGACCCUGUCGCCCUGCGACAUGUGCACGGGCGCCUGCAUCCUCUACAAGAUCGCGCGGGUGGUCGUGGGCGAGAACCGGACCUUCGUGGGCGGCGAGGACUACCUUCGGGCGCGGGGGGUCGAGGUCGUGGUGCUGGAGAACAGCGAGUGUAUGGAGCUGAUGGCGAGGUUUAUCACGGAGAAGCCUAAUGUUUGGAAUGAGGAUAUCGGCGAGCAAUGAGACACAGCGAACCUCUCCUCGACCGUCCGUGUGCCCCCUUGGACCGUAAGCGGCGGCGUCUAUCCUGUUUUCCCUCGCAGAGAUCAUGCAGUACACCGGUGGAUCUCCUCAAAGAAGAACUUCAAAUCAUCAGGAUUGACGCCCGG